AUGGAUUCUGGUGUAAUUGUUGAUGAACGAAUCGAUCCGGACGUUUUGGCAAACUUGGAAAGGACCUACAAUGAACAAGUAGCACGUGGUAGUCCAAGUGCGGUCGCAGUAUAUUCUUAUGCUCAUGGCCUGAUCAAAUCAAGCAACCGUGAUGUAUGUAAGGGAAUCAAAUUAUUGGAAGAUUUAUUGCGGCAAGAAGUUGAGGAUAUAUCAAAGCGUGAUUAUGUAUAUUAUCUUGCCAUAGCACAUACUCGCUUGAAGGAAUACGAUCGAGCUCUUGCAUAUGUUGAUAUUUUACUCAGUGCAGAGUCGAAUAAUCGUCAAGCGUUAGAUCUAAAGGACGUGAUUAAAUAUAGAAUGAGAAAAGAUGGAAUCAUUGGUAUGGCAAUAUUGGGUGGAGGAAUUGCAGUAAUUGGUGGUUUAGCGAUUGCCGCACUUGCUGCCUCAAAAAGGUGA